AUGGCUUUCUGGUCUGCUGAGAAUGCCACAAAAGCAUACCUCAAAACCUUGAAAAUGGGCCAAAAUGUUAAAGAACCAAACGUAGCCGAGUUCGUGUCAGCCCUUGCAGCUGGCAACAAUGCACAACUAAUGGUUGUGGCAUGUGCUGGUGCUGCCGACUCUGCCGCUUUAGCCCUGGUGGUCGCUGCUCACCAAACUGGAGGCCAUGUAGUUUGCAUCCUUCCUGGAAUUGAAGAACUUCAGCUAUCCAAGAAAAUCUUAGGCUACGAUGCAUGCCGUGUUGAGUUUGUUGUUGGUGAAGCUAAAAAUCUUCUGUUAAGCCACUAUAAGGAAGCAGAUUUUGUUCUUACUGAUUGCAACCUGGAUAAUCAUGAAGGAGUUCUUAGAGCAGUGCAGGCAGGUAAGAGACGCAGGGGGGCUGUUGUUGUUGGCUAUAAUACUUUUUCCAAAGGUUCAUGGCGGUUCAGUGGAUCGAACACUCAGUUGUUGCCUAUAGGAGAAGGGCUGCUAGUGACUAGAAUCACAGCAAAAGCCAAAAUUGAUGGUUGUUUCGGAAGGAAAAGUCAGUGGGUUGUAAAGGUGGAUAAAUGCACUGGGGAAGAGCAUGUGUUCAGGAUCAGGUUUCCACAGGGGAAAGGAAUUGAAGCUUAGAUUUGGCAUUGCUUCCUUUUUCCUUUGGUGGACUGGAAAAAGUCCAGCUUUUCAGUUUUCCCCUGCCUUCCUGCCAACCAAAUGGAAUGUAAGGUCUUUAGUACAAGUCAAAUUUAGU